AUGAGCACGGCAAAGCGAACACGAGCAAGACAGGCAGAGGCAGGAGCAGCACCAUCGUUGCCUCCGUCAAAAAAGGCAAAGACUUCACAACAGGCAAGCUCUGGACUUGGCUUCUUGACCGAUGAGAACCAGCGAGCUGGAAAGAAGUUGCGCGCAAACUACACCAAUGGCAUCAAGGACUCACGGGCAGACCGCGUCGACGAGUCCAAGGCCCAAGUCGAGCGACACGAGGCCGAUGCACCCGAGGUAGUCGAGAUCUCGAGUGGAGAGGAGUCGAGCGCAUACAGCGGAUCCGACGAUGAGGAGGAACAAGACACAAAGCCCACAACCAACGGCACCCACGACGCUGAUGCCGUCAUGGCCGAUGCCGACGAGGACAUGGAGGAGGGCGCAGAAGGGCAGUCGUUUGGCGACAUGCUGCAGGCAGCGCAUCCCGAGACGAUCGAUGUCCAGUCCGCCUUCGCCGACCGCGAGCAAGGCACCCAAGCUCUGGUGCCCAUGAACCAAGACCGCUCGCUCGCUGUACCUACCGCCACCUCUCUCGGCACCGUCCUCACCCAGGCCCUGCGCACCAACGAUCGCGACCUCCUCGAGACUUGUUUCCAAAUGACCGACAUCCCCAGUAUCCGCUCCACCAUCCAAAGACUGCAAUCACCACUCGUUGCUUCCCUUCUCCAGCGUCUGGCUGAGAGACUACACAAACGCCCCGGCCGUGCUGGAAACCUCAUGGUCUGGGUUCAGUGGUCGCUCGUCUCACAUGGUGGUUAUCUUGCCAGCCAGCCUGAUGUUCUCAAGAAGCUCAAGACCUUGUCGCGCGUUAUCAAGGAGCGUGCCAAUGGCCUCCAAUCUCUCGUCACACUCAAGGGCAAGCUUGACAUGCUUAGCGCUCAAAUCGACCUCCGCAAGAGUAUCCAAGAAACAAGAGACGGAAGAUUCGACGAUGCCGAUAACGUAGACCAGGAUGUCAUCUAUGUCGAAGGUGAGGACGACCAGUCUUCAGACAAUGACGACGACCUCAUCAGCAACGCUGUCGGAAGCGAUCUCGGUGACCUCUCCAUGGUCAAUGGCGCCGACCAAGAUUCAUCUGACGUCGAGGAGGAAGAGGCUGGAGAGGGCAUGUUCGACGAAGAAGCCGAAGAGACCUCUGAUGAUGAGGGUGAAGAGCUAUCCGACGAUGACGAGGAGAGUGAUGAGGCCGAAGAGGAAGACGACGACGACGAGUCAAGCGACGACGAGGCACCGGCACCUGUUGUCAAGCCCUCAAGGACACAGCAACGCGCUGCUGGAAAGAGAAGAUGA